GACAGGCUCUCUACAACUACACAACCGAGAGAUGACCGCACACAUUAGGUAGUUUGAUAGCUAGCUAGCUUUUGAUUGUUUCAACUGUUUCUACAUAGUUUUAUUGAUUUGGCAACCGUGCUUGGUGGAGUUGUUACGUCUGUAAUGUAAUAACAGUAGAAGAGCUAUGUGAGUCCCCCGACCGGCUGCCCGACCACCUAGUCCAGCAGCAGCAGGUCCUCAGUUAGCUACAGUAGUUCCUCAGUGUGCCUCAGUGCCCAACUCUCUCUCUCUGUAGGGCUGUGGGGUAAGGGUGAUGUCAGAGGGCCUGGGGACAGAGGGGGGGCACUCACAGCCUGCCCCCACCAUCACUGUUCAGGACCUGUCAGACAGACCUGCACAUACACCUCUGGACAGGAUCCCACCUGCGCACACACUUCUGGAUGGGAACACGCCUGUGGAGCAGGUGUCAGGAGUGGUGGAGGAGACCUCCCCUUCCUCCACUUCCUCCUUCGAGUUGGUUGACAUGGAGCCAGCCCCGCCCCUGUACCAGCCCGUGCAACCCCAUUGGUUCUACUGUCGCCGUGUCGACUCCAAGGAUGUGUGGCUCCCUUUCAGCAGAGAGGACUCUGAGAGACUGGAACAUGCCUUGUCUACCGUAGGAGAGGAGGAGGUGGUGGUGGCAGUAGAAGGGGAGAGGUAUGACGUGCGUGUUCGGGAGCGGCAGAGGUAUGCGGUGUACUGGGAGCAGGGCCCGUCAGAGGUGCGACGCUGCACCUGGUUCUAUAAAGGAGAUAAAGAUACCAGAUACAUGCCCUACCCGGAGGAGUUCAGCACCAACCUGGAGGAGGCCUAUAUGAUAGCAGUGACUCUAGAUGAGUGGAAGAGGAAGCUGGAUUUUCCUUCAGGAGAGACAGUCAUCCUGCACAACCCUAAACUGAUCAUGCAGUACCAGCCAAUCACGUUGCAGGACGAGUGGGUCUCCUCUCCCUCGGAGCAGACUCGCCCACGUACUGUCAAGAGGGGUGUCGACAACAUCACAACAGAGAUACCUGACGGUGAACCAGAGACAAUAGAUCACCUGGUAUUCAUGGUUCACGGCAUCGGCCCCGCCUGUGACAUCCGCUUCAGAUCUAUCAUACAGUGUGUGAAUGACUUCAGGAGUGCGUCCCUAUCCCUACUGGGGAGCCAUUACAGGAGAGGCCAGGAGGAGGGCAGGGUGGGCAGAGUGGAGUUCCUACCUGUCAACUGGCACAGCGCACUACACGGAGAUGCCACUGGAGUAGACGAGGACAUUCAGAGGAUCACUCUCCCCAGUAUCAGUCGUCUGAGACAUUUCACCAAUGACACUCUGCUCGACCUGUUCUUCUACAACAGUCCUACCUACUGCCAGACCAUAGUGGACACUGUGGCCUCCGAGGUUAACAAGCUCCACUCACUGUUCAAACACAGACACCCAGAAUUCACUGGAGCAGUGUCUGUGGUUGGACACAGCCUGGGCUCGCUGAUCCUGUUUGAUCUGCUGACCAAUCAGAAGACAGGAUCAGGAGAGGCAGACAGAGAUGAGGGUCGUAACCGUGACCCCUGCCCUCUGACCUGUGAUGCGUUGGAGCAGGCUCUAUGCAGAAUGGGCCUCCAGGAGCACCUGGCUACACUACAGAGCGUGGACCUAGACCUUGACUCACUGGCUAUGUGUGACGAAACUGACCUGACAGAGCUCGGAAUCCCUCUGGGACCGAGGAAGAAGAUCCUCAGCUUCAUACGGAAGAGACACUUCCUACAGGAGGGUCGGCAGGGAACGGUGCUUUUGGCCCCCGGGCUGCAGGCCCUUCCAGACCCCUCCGAAGAUUCCCCCUCUCCCACGGUUAGCUUUGGCAACCAGUCUUCAGAGGCGUCAGCACGCCGACAGCAGUUUCUCAGAGCCCAGUCCAUAACCAGCGCCGUUGACUACGAAUACUUCGACGUGGGCAUUGGACAGACCAACGGGGGCAUAGCCAAGGGACAGGUGUCCAUUAACUACCCCCAGCUGGCAUUCCAUCCUCAGACCUUCUUUGCGUUCGGUUCUCCCAUCGGAAUGUUCCUGACCGUCCGUGGACUCAAACGCAUCGACCCAAACUACACCUUUCCCACCUGCAAGAACUUCUAUAACAUAUACCACCCUUUUGACCCUGUGGCCUAUCGGAUCGAGCCCAUGAUUGUGUCUGAGUCAGACCUAGAGCCCAUGCUGAUCCCACAUCACAAGGGCCGCAAGAGGAUGCACCUGGAGUUGAAAGAGAGUCUGACGCGGAUGAGUACUGAUCUGAAGAAUAACGUUCUCGGCUCGUUUCGUACUGCCUGGCAGUCUCUGGUCCGAAUGCCUGUCGCUGCACUGCCCCCUGUGGAGGAUGGAGAAACUACAGCAGAGAGAUCUCUGCAGGAGACAGAGAGUAACACAUAUGCACACACACAGAGUGUGCAUGAAGAGGUGGAGUCUCCAGGGUCGGCGGAGGACAAGGGGCGUCAGGUGAAAGUGGGGAUGCUGAAUGGAGGGCGGAGGAUAGACUAUGUACUGCAGGAGGCGCCCAUUGAGAGUUUCAACGAAUAUCUGUUUGCCAUCCAGUCCCACCUCUGCUACUGGGAGUCUGAGGACACUGCUCUGCUGCUGCUAAAGGAGAUCUACGACAAACUGGGUGUGGCCUUUGAGCAGCCACAGCAAUAACAAAGGCUUUAUAAACACAGAGACCGGUAUAGAGGCUUCAUAACAACACAUGAAUUCCGUGGAGAUGCACCAAUGAGGCCCUUUGCUUUAUUAGGAGCUGAAAGGAGUAAGGCAAGUAAGUCAGUAAAAACACAGAGAUAUAAAUAUUGAAUAACCACAGAGUUUUAAAGGCUUUAUAAACACACAGAGAGGGCUAUAAAGUCUUUAUACAUACACAGAGAGGGCUAUAAAGUCUUUAUAAACACACAGAGAGGGCUAUAAAGUCUUUAUAAACACACAGAGAGGGCUAUAAAGUCUUUAUAAACACACAGAGAGGGCUAUAAAGUCUUUAUAAACACACAGAGAGGGCUAUAAAGUCUUUAUAAACACACAGAGAGGGCUAUAAAGUCUUUAUAAACACACAGAGAGGGCUAUAAAGUCUUUAUAAACACACAGAGAGGGCUAUAAAGUCUUUAUAAACACACAGAGAGGGCUAUAAAGUCUUUAUAAACACACAGAGAGGGCUAUAAAGUCUUUAUAAACACACAGAGAGGGCUAUAAAGUCUUUAUACAUACACAGAGCGUUAUUUAUAAGUUACUAAAAUGUAAUGAAAGCAACAUGAAAAAGGACAUGCAGCCACUGCUCUCUCCCAGAAUUCCUUGUGUCUGAGCCUCACAAAACCGUUAAGUCACCUCCUCGGACAGAUGGCGUCUGCCUCUGGGUGUGUGUGUGUCAAGGGUGUGACAGAGAAGUGCUCCGUGAAGAACCAAACCUGUCCCAGCUGACAUGAAGAGGACUGGAGAACCCAUUGGAGAUGAGCUCUCUAGUGCAUUUCUAUCUCUGAAAUUUCUCGUCCUGUGACCACAUGGGCAGCAACAUUGAAUACUAUCCAAGUGAGCCCUCUACCCAACUCUAUGGGAGAACCAUAGUGAAGACUGGUUUUCCAUUUUCCUAAAACCACACUGAAGGAUCUGGGUUUGAGCCGCUGGGGCAGACUGCAUUUAACAUGUGUGUUUCUAAAGAAUCAGAUCCUGUUUGAUCAUGUCUGGAUCAUAACUUUUAUAUACGUUAUUUUCAGGUCAUUUCUUUUUACUUGGCCUUAGACUUGACAUGUCCUAUAAUACAUUUACAAUGACAGAUCAUGCAGGAUGAUGAUUCCUCUCCUGUGUGUUUGGUGCAUGUCUCCAGAAGGUUGUAUACCAGUACGUAUCAGUACGUACUUGACUACCAAAAAGGUAGCACUUUACUUAGGUGCUGCUUAAGGCUUAGAAAAGCAUUUUAUAAAGGGCAUUACAACUCUUUACGUCAUGCAUAUGAAGGCUGCAUGUCGCUCUUAAGUAAAGUGUUACCAUAAAAAGUACUCCACCCAUAAUUCCAGUGCAAUGUGAUGUUCUGAUAAUCUCACUCCUCUCUAGAUGAACUGACUGACUAUAGAUAAUUAAAUUUUUUGAUUUAUUUGUAUCAUGUAAAAGCUAAGUAUAAAAAUUAUUGUAGAAAAUAACAUGAUAUAUCUUUAAUGGAACUGACAAGACAUUUUUCCUCCAAGUACUUAUCUUAGAGGAAGGUAUGUAUGAGGGGAGAAAAGGCACAGGGUUGUUUUCUUUCUAUGAGUGUGUGUGUGUAAAUCACCCCCCCCCCCUUUGGUGUGUGCCAACCAACCUCUUUAAACUGUGGUUAGGGCCAAUUUUGCUCGUCGAACAUCUCAUUUCCAAAUCAUGUGCGUUAAUAUGGAGUUGAGUUGGUUCCCCCCUUUGCUGUUAUAACAGCCUCCACUUUUCUGGGAAGGCUUUCCACGAGAUGUUGGAACAUUUCUGCGGGGACUUGCUUCCAUUCAGCCACGGGCAUUAGUGAGGUCGAGCACUGAUGUUGGGCGAUUAGGCCUGGCUAGCAGGCGGCGUUCCAAUUCAUCCCAAAUGUGUUCGAUGGGGUUUGAGGUCAGGGCUCUGUGCAGGCCAGUCAAGUUCUUCCACACCGAUCUCAACAAACCAUUCUGCAUGGACGUUGCUUUGUGCACGGGGACAUUGUCAUGCUGAAACAGGAAAGGGCCUUCCCCAAACUGUUGCCACCAAGUUGGAAGCACAGAAUCGUCUAGUGUCAUUUUAUGCUGUAGCGUUAAGAUUUCCUUUCACUGGUACUAGCCUGAACUAUGGAAAAACAGCCCCAGACCAUUAUUCCUCCUCUACCAAACGUUACAGUUGGCACUAUGCAUUGGGGCAGGUAGUGUUCUCCUGUCAUCCGCCAAACCUAGAUUCACCAGUUGGACUGCCAGAUGGCGAAGUGUGAUUCAUCACUCCAGAGAACGUUUCCACUGAGUCCAAUGGCGGUGAGCUUUACACCACUCCAGACGAUGCUUGGGAUACCCCUGUUUUCAAUACCUCACCUUGCGAGGAUAAUGGCACUGAGCCUUUUUCUAAAAGGCUUUAUGAGAUUAACAAAAUGGUUAAUUGACCACAAAAUCAACAUUUUGCAAUGGCCAUCUCAGUCUCCAGAUUUAAAUCUCAUUGAUAACCUGUGGUUUGAAUUGAAGGGAGCAGUCCAUAAGAGAAGAUGAAUGAUAUGCAGGAUCUGGAAAGAUUAUGUAUGGAGGAAUGGCCUAAGAUCCCUCCCCAUGUAGCCUCCAAUCAGAUAAAACAUUUUAGAAAAAGUCUCAAUGCCUUAAUACUCGCAGGGUAAGGUGUUGAAAACAGGUGUCAAUGCUUUUGACCCAUAUCUUUUUUAGAUAAAAACAUAUAUAUUAUUAUUACAUUUGUACAUGUGUGAAAUAUGACACAUAUAAGCACCCACCUAAUUAUUAUAUAUCAUUUCCCUUUUUUUGAUUAUACAAUAUAGCUCAGUAUUUGAAUUGUAAUUGUAAUCUUUAUCAAGGGUGCCAAUCAUUUCUGUCCCUACUGUAUCACUGACACUGGUUUCACUGUCAGUCAACCAGCAACAAACCUGCAGACCUUUAACAUGGCAUGAAUCAUCACUGUGGUCCAAUCAGACCAUGGACCUCCUCACUCCAGCUAGCUCUGUCAGCAGAGGGGAGAACAAUAGCUUUGGUCCAGGGUGUUAGGUGUGGCUUACUGCGACAGCAAGCCACAUGUAAACGCCCUGGACAGGACCUAGCUGAACAAUAGAUCUUAGUUUUCUAAUCAUUCUACAACCACAGAAGAGGCUUUGAGGUUCUGAUUAGGCAGCUUGACUCCCUGCUUAAAAUGUGCUGUGUGAGAUAUCCCUCUGACCCCUAAACCCUGCUUUGUGAGCACUCAUCCUCUCUGCUUCACUCCUGAAUGAUGUAUUUUGUUCUGUUAACCUCAAGUUUUGCACUUAGUGACAUUGUAUAUUCAAACCGCCCCCAAAAUAUAAUAUUAAUGACAUUUAAUGUAAGCUGACAAGUAUACUUUAAUACUUGAUAUAAGCAUGUAUGAGCCCUUAUGUCUUAUUAUAAUAGUUUUACUGACUCAAUGGUUGUACUUUAGUCAGGAUUAUUAUGAGAUAAGAUGUUUUAUAAGGAGGUCAUAUAGCAUCGUAAUGCAUUAAACCUGUAGUUACCAAUUUAUUUAUUUUUUCAACCACAGUACCAUACAUAGGCUAUGCAGCGUGCUUACAUAUUGUUUAUGUCAUAAUAAAACUUUAAGAGUC